AUGUUGUUCUCCGGCGCCCUCUCCCUCCUCUUCUCUGCCGUGCUCGCUUCGGCGACACCGUUCACCGCCGUCGCUCUGAACGCUACCGUCGCGGAUCCUCGUGUUUGCGGGACUAGUAUCUCCGAGACCAAAAUGGCGGAAGUGGAGAGGAACUUCACCGCCGUGUCUGCGCUCAGGACGAACGCGGCCCUCGCUUCGACCAUCAAAGUCUACUUUCACGUCAUUGCGAAGGAUACGACCGCGUCGGGAGGAUACCUCUCAGAUGCAUUGAUCGCGGACCAGAUCGACGUCCUGAACGCGGACUAUGCCAGCAGCGGCUUGUCCUUCAGCCUCGCUGCUACCACUCGUACCGUCAACUCUGACUGGUUCAACAACGCCGGACCCGACAGCUCUCAGCAGACAGCCAUGAAGACCUCGCUCAGGACCGGCGGCUCUGCCGAUCUCAACCUCUACAGCGUCGGAUUCACCGCUGGCACCGGCAAAGGUCUGCUCGGAUAUGCGACCUUCCCGUGGGACUACUCGAGCGCGGCGAAAGAUGACGGUGUCGUUUUCCUGUUCUCUUCCGUGCCGGGCGGAGGGACCGCGAAUUAUGAUGAGGGGAGGACCAUCACGCACGAAGUCGGACACUGGGUUGGAUUAUACCAUACUUUCCAAGGCGGAUGCUCAGGCUCCGGAGAUAGUGUCAGUGAUACCCCAGCAGAGUCUACCGCUGCGUAUGGAUGUCCUACUGGCCGUGACACCUGCUCGGCUUCUGGCGUCGACCCUAUCCACAAUUAUAUGGACUAUACCUACGAUUCUUGCAUGGAUGAGUUCACGGCAGGGCAGAUUUCGAGGUUCACGACACAGAUGAACAGUUACCGUCUGUAA